GACUCUUUUCCCUCUAGUUGAACUAUGGCCAAUUCUAUCCCCACAGACAUACCGCACUGGACUGCUCUAGUUGCAGAGAAAAAGCAAAGGCAGCUAGAAUCCAUUCCACAGGAGUGGAUUGUGACUCCACCUUCGGACUCUACACUGGAUGUGUCUGCUUUUCCAGAGACGUGCGGCCUUCUGAACGCGAGAGAAAUUGAGAUCACCAAUACUCCGGUGAAUGUUUUGUUGGAGAAACUUGCACUGGCCAUUGUUGCUCAUCAACUUGUCAAUUGCUUGACGGAAAUUUUUGUUGAUCGUGCAUUAGCCCGAGCGGCUGAACUCGAUGAUUACUUGAAGAACACAGGGAAGGUCGCUGGCCCCCUUCAUGGGCUGCCAAUCUCCCUGAAGGACCAACUAUGUAUCAAGGGACUGGAAACCACCAUGGGGUAUGUUUCGUGGAUUGGGCAGUACGCGGAUAGAAAUGCAGUGCUGGUCGAUGUUUUGAUUGAGUGCGGAGCCGUGCCAUUUGUCCGCACCAACGUUCCACAGACACUUGCGUGGCCAGAAUCCUUCAACAAUGUCUUCGGCCGGACGACAAACCCAUACAACCGCUCUCUGACCUGCGGUGGGUCAUCGGGAGGAGAGGGUGCAUUAAUUGCUCUCAAAGGAAGCCCUUUGGGAGUCGGUUCUGAUCUCGGAGGAUCUAUUCGUAUUCCCUCUGCGUUCUGCGGCUUAUAUGGCCUUAGACCAUCGUACGGGCGUGUGCCGCACUAUGGUGCCCGUGGCACACUUGAGGGCCAAGACUCGGUUCUCCCCGUGCUCGGUCCCAUGACAAGCAGCGUCGUCGGUAUCAAAGUCUUCAUGAAAGCUGUAAUUAACGCUAAACCAUGGCUCAAUGACCCUCUUGUGGUUCGGAAGAAGUGGGACGAAGACGAGUACAAUCUUGUGGACCAUGGGUCUGGCGAGCAUUUGUGCUUUGCCAUCAUGUGGGAUGAUGGUGUCGUUGUUCCCCACCCACCUAUUAGGAGGUCUCUGGAAAUCGCUAAAGCGGCUCUUCAGAAGGCGGGCCACAAAGUUGUUGACUGGAAACCUAUUAAGCACAGAUUACUUGGAGAUAUCACGCGGGACAUCUGGAACGCCGCUUCCGCUGAGGAAUACAUGAUCACGACCUCUGUCACAGGUGAACCAAUAAUUGCGACAAUGGAAUUGGACAGCGCAGAUGCCGCGGUUGCAUCCUUCCGUCCGCAGAAUAGCGGUAUCACCGCCUACCAGCUCUGGCAAGUGCAGAAGCUGCGUCAAAAUAUCCGGAAAGAAUAUUUAGACCACUGGGAAGCAACUACGUCAGAGACUGGGACAGGACGGCCUGUCGACGCUAUCAUCUGUCCAGCUGCACCGUUUGCGGCAACUCCCCAUGGGAAGAAUAGGUCUGUGCCUGUGAUUGCGGAAUGAUGCACUCAGGUCAAUGAGGAGCAAUGGGCAGAUACGUUGACUA